UUCCUUCGCUCAAAGGACUCUUUUAUAUUUUUCUCUCUCCGAUCGUUUCAUUUCAUUUUCUCUCAACACACCCACCCACCUCUCUCUCUCUCUUUUUCUCACACGCCAGUUUUAUUUUCACUCACUUUCUCGCACUUUCUGUCCCAAAUUUUCCCGAGAAUCUGUUCCCGCCACGAACUCCACUCGUGCUCGUCUCACUCGAUCGCCCACUCGGUUCCGAUUCCCUAUUUAUUUCGAUCAAUGCGCUUCAUCUGAACUUGACUGAGCUUAGUUGAGCUUUUGGAAUUUUGGAUAUGGAAAACGGUGCCGUACAGAACGGAGUUUGCUCCUCCGAGUCGGUUAAUGGAUGCUGCGACGUUUGGAGCUGCAAGGACUCUGAUUCUUCUUCGGCUUAUCAUCUCGUCGUCAUGGUGAAUGGAAUUCUCGGCAGCACCUCAGAUUGGAAGUUUGCAGCAGAGCAGUUUGUUAAAAUGCUCCCUGAUAAAGUGAUUGUUCAUUGUAGUGAACGAAAUGUGUCUAAGUUGACUCUUGAUGGGGUGGAUGUGAUGGGAGAGCGGUUAGUAGAGGAGGUCCUUGAACUUAUUCAGAGAAAGCCUAACCUAUCCAUGAUCUCCUUUGUUGCACACUCUGUGGGAGGACUAGUGGCAAGAUAUGCAAUUGGAAGACUUUAUAGACCACCUAAGAGUGAAAAUGUAGAGGAUUCCACGGCUAAUAGAUGUGAAGAGGAUUCAAGGGCCACAAUAGGUGGCUUGAAGGCUGUGAACUUCAUUACUGUUGCUACUCCUCACCUUGGCUCAAGGGGUAAUAAGCAGGUACCAUUUCUUUUUGGUGUACCUGCUUUUGAGAAAGCUGCAACUCUUGUUAUUCAUUGGAUUUUUAGGAGAACAGGUCAACAUCUUUUUCUCGUUGAUAAUGACCAAGGAAAGCCACCAUUGCUUAAACGUAUGAUAAAAGAUGAUGGUGACUGUUACUUCAUGUCUGCAUUGCGUACAUUCGAACGUCGGGUGGCAUAUUCAAAUGUGGGCUAUGACCAUAUUGUGGGCUGGAGAACAUCAUGCAUUAGGCGUAAUGGUGAUCUUCCAAAGUGGGAGGAUACUCUUAAUGAAAAAUAUCCACAUGUUGUAUAUGAAGAACAUUGCAAGGCUUAUGAAGCUGAGGAGUGUGAGGCUACUUCAAUUGAAGAUCAUGGGUCUGACAAGCUAGAAGAGGAACUGGUGACAGGCCUAUCUCGCGUGUCAUGGGAGAAAGUAGAUGUCAGCUUUCAUAGUAGCAGACAGAGGUUUGCUGCUCAUAGUGUCAUUCAGCAUGUGGAGAUGAACAGGAGAAAGGAGGAAAAAGGGGGAAAAUAUUUCUCACCACUGCCCUCCCAUGUCAAGGAUAUAGAACGCAGGACCUGCUUCUUGGUUUUUACCCCCCUCCCCCUUCUCUUUCCCCCUCAUUCAACCAUUGUAAAUGAAUUGUAUCUUAUCCAAGUCUAAAGGGUUUUUUUUUUUUUACAUCAGCAGACCUACUUGGUAGACCCACCACAUUAGACCUGUGCCAAGAAAGAUGUGUUGCCCACCUUAAGAUAGACUCAUUACAAUGGUAACUGAUGUAUUAGGUAUUUCUGUCCCUUGGAAGAUGAUCCUAAUAGAAACAAGAGGAGCAUUGUAGGAAAAUGGAAUUCUAAAGUUUGUUUGGAUCCUGUUAAUCUAUUGUGUAAAUAUGUGCUACACAUGGCUCUAGGUAUUACUUUGUGGCUUGUCAAAGCUGAAGUUCCUUCACAUUAGAACUCAAAAAAGGAAAAGAAAAGAAAAGAAAAUCAUACUCUUGAAGAAAAAUAAAAAUUACUUGACAUUAGAUAGUAGAUGCAAGCUGAAGUCAAGAAUGACGGAAAGCACUCAAAACCAUGCUGAAGAGAACAACCUACUAGUCUGAUGAAGUGUAUUAUGUAACCAUACAUCGUUAAUUUGUAAGGAUCACACAAAAAUGGAAACUAAACAUUGUGCUCAAAUGUGGAGAAAUAAAAAGGAAAUAAAAGAGCAUAAACAGUUGUUCAUGGUUUUUGACUUGAAUGAAUUGGCAAUGCCAAACUUAAAUUUUUGAUUGCCUUUUUUGUUAUGCAUUUUUUAGUUCAUGUGCUUCAGAAACAGCUGAUUAGCUGUUUCGGAAGCACAGAUCUUUCACUGGACACCCACAUUAUUUUAAAGAAUUGUAGAACACUUUUGUCAGUCUAAAGGAUCAAAUUGCUACUUUGAGCAUCUUACAGGUCAAAAACCAAAGCAUGCAUAUAGAAGGUGCAGAUGUCAUUUGUCAUAUGAUUGAUCAUUUUCUCACGUAGAAGUCUCACUCCUAGAAGUAAA